AUGACGCAGUCUCAGUCAGGGACGGAACCGACUGGAGUGGCUAAUUCAGGGUCCUCAACGGGUGUAUUGCCGUCUUCAAGAGGUAAUCGACGUCGUUCGGUACAGCCAGGAAAUCAAGGUGGGAAUAGUUUGUCAAACUUUGGUGAAGCCUCUGGAUUUGGACGUAGAAAAUCGAUUAUCGCUGGUAAAAACCGUGCGGAAGACGGUGAUAUUUCGUGGUGUAUUGCUGCUCAACAGCCCUUUUAUCUGCCUGAAUUCGGUACAUCAGGUAGUAGCAACAAUGAGGAUGGUAUUGAAGGUGGAUUAAGUGUACCAGCUUCUGGACUUAAUGGGGCUUCGAUAUCUAUCCGAAAGAACGGCUCGGCUAAGGUGAAACUUGAAUUUUUACCACUAGUUCCUGGGAACUAUCGCUGUCAGUUGCUCUUCUUGGACGAGAAUAUUGGAGAAUUUCUCUAUGAGAUUCACGCGGUUGCAAAUCUCCCGGCCAGUCUUGAAACGCUGGAAAUCCAAUGUGAAGCUUCCACAGCAGCAAGUGCCACAGGACCUGGCGCAGGUCGAUUCCGGUUUGUUCGAGAACUGACGAUCCCAGUCAAGAAUCCGCUACUAAAUCGCGCACUUACAACGUUCGUCGAGCGAGUCAGUGGCCAUCUACGCAAUAAACUAAAAGACGGACUCAAGAAAUGCGAAGAAACCCACCACACGAACUUCCACGUGGAAUUUAAUUCUCCAUACUUCACAGCAAACAUCCCAGAAUUAACGUUAACUACUGGAGCAGGUAAACCUGUGCCAGUAUCCGGGAGAUCCGACAGCUCCGCGAUCGAUUCAUCCGGUCCAAAACUUCCACUCAAAGCCAACCAAGCCCGACUUGGCUCGCCUCGAUCGGUUCUUGCAGGUACCAAUAGUGCCUUGAUUGAUUUCCAACCGAAAGGUGCCGGUCGAUACGCCUGUAAACUGCUUCUACGGUCGAGAAACACAGUGUGUGGUAGUACUGACGUGCGAGUUUACGAUCUUGUAGCCAAAGUAAGAGAACCAAACGUAAAAACUCAACUGGAAUUUGUAGCUCCAGCUCGACACAGUAUCGUCCAGGAGAUCCCUCUCUCGAAUCCAACAGAUACAACGUGGUCACUUAAGGCCAUUUUCAGUAGUGGGAAGACUGAUACGUCGACUACUAAACCUCCUGUAUCAAUGUUCUCCGGUCCACCAACACUUAUGGUUCCUGCCAAGAGAUCAGCGACUUAUCCACUUACAUUCACUCCGACGUGGAUGUAUCACGAGACCAGGACGUUUGUACUCUUAAAUACAUCGACACAGCAGCAGUUUGAGUUUGAACUUAGCGGUUACGGUGAAGAACCUUUAGCUCAAGACCACGUGGUGUUAACCUGCCAAGCUCGCACCAGUAUCGUACACAACUUCAACGUAUUCGCUCUUCCCGGGGGUGACGCGAAUGCUGCUCAAAUGUUUAAAGUGGAAUCGGAUCUACGAGACGUUGUUGGUGCUCCUACCAUCGCUGUACCUGCUGGUGGCUUAAACCGUAGUGUCAAAUAUCCGCUGACCUUCAGUCCGUUAGUCAGUGGUUCGUACUUUGGCUCUGUCACCUUUACCAAUGAAGCUACCAGUGAAUAUAUCUGGUACACAGUGGAAGCCUCUGUUAGUCCCCCAGAACCAGAGACAACACUGGAGAUGCGAGCUCCAGUACGCGGGGCAGUCGGUAUCGAGAUCGGAUUGGCUAACCCUUUAGACAGCGAAACCACCUUCACUGUCGAGCUCCGUGGUCGUGGGUUACUUGGCCCUACUACCUUUACGCUUGAAGCACGACAAUCCGGAGUCUACGAGCUGGUCUACUCUCCUCUAUUGGUGAUGAAGGACGCUGGAGAGGAAGUCCGCUGA